CGCCUCGCUUCCUGCGUAGCGCACAGCAGCGCCUUGCAUGGCGGGCCAGCCCUGCCCUCGCGUGCUUGCUGACCAGUUGCAGAGGCCAUCGGCUCCCGGGAAACACCUGGCCUCGGGCCGGGAAGGCACGCCGCGCUCUCAGAGCUGGGCUGGAGUCGGUGCUCUUGGCGUCCCUGGCUCGGGCAGUAGCGGGCUUGGCCCCAGGGAGCGUUGGAAAUGCUUCGACCCCCAUUUUUGCCCGAACGGAGACCCUCCGGGCAUUCACGGUCCGGCCUUCUACAGCCGCAGGGGAGCCGCGGCCUCUUGCAGGGCGCUCCGCGCGGUCCCCGACUGCCCCGAGCCGAGGAGCGGGCUAAGUCCGGCUGAGCUCCUCAUGCUGCCACCCCGCCACCCCGACUUCCCCGGGCGGGCCUGAGAGCUCCUCGGGGAAAUUCAAAGUACUACAGGAACCAACGUUUGCAGAUGCUCUCCCUGCGCCGCGACCACCCUGCGCUUGGCCUGGGCCUCACGGAGGCGUCCAGAGUGGGCUCGUGCAGGCACAAGGAAGAGGGUGCACCCCGGCCGAUCCCUUCUCGACCCCUGGAAGUGAGCUGGCCGGGCCGGGGCUUGCAGACCUCCGGGAGCAGCUGUGGGGCUGAGCGGCGACCAGGGGGCCAGGCCCGGGCAGAGGACUGCGAGGACCACCGCGGCAGGCGCAGUCGGCGGCGUCCAGGCUCGCGCCGGCGCGGGGAAAGGCUCCAAAUUGGGCAAGCGGUGAACGCAGCUCUGCGCAUGUGCAGGAGACGCCGGAGUUUCACUUCGUAACUUUUAAGUGGUCGGAACACGCCCGGCCCGGCCACGUCCCGCCAGACACGCCGCCGCCGCAGCCCCAUGAGAGAAAGUCGCCACUUGCAUUUCCUGGAGAAGGAAGCCAAGGCACAGAAUGGUUAGGCGGCUUGUUUGAACUGCGUGCUGCUGAGACCUUAACGCCAGAGCCUGCUCUGAGCCACACUGCCUCUCCUUUCAGCAAGGGGCUGUGUCAUUCCCUUUGUGCUCCAGGAUAGAGGAAAGUGUACAGGCUGGUACCCCAGGACUCACUGCUCAGGAAGGCCCGGCAGGAAAUGAGUGUUGGGACUGAGGCCUGGCAGCUUGGAAGUUGGCCGGGGCUGCUUUUGCCUUUGCCAGAGACAGCUCCAACUGAGGACCCCUCCAACGGGCCCUUUGGCAGUUCUUCCUUCCCCUGGCGUCUGGUGUCCGUGUGUGAUUGUCCGCAGCACUGAAGGCCCAGGGCUUUCCCAGCGCACACCCCACCAGCACUACCAGAUCUGCCAGUGGCUUCUGCAAGAGUGAUUUUCCCAUCACGAGUCCUUGAGGCUGGAGGAACUUCAGGACCUCUUAAGCCAGCAGCUGCAGCAACUUCUGUUUCUCUCUUUCUCCAUGUCACCCCGUCUGGGUAUCUGCCUGCUGUGUCCUGGGGAAGACAGGCGCGAUGACAGACUCCCCAUUCUUGGAGCUGUGGCAGUCCAAGGCGGUGACCGUCCGUGAGCGACUGGGCCUCGGGAACCAGCCCAACGACUCCUACUGCUACAACUCGGCCAAAAACAGCACCGUGCUCCAGGGGGUCACCUUUGGUGGCAUCCCCACUGUCCUGCUCAUAGACGUCAGCUGCUUCCUGUUCUUAAUCUUGGUGUUUUCUAUCAUAAGAAGAAGAUUCUGGGACUAUGGCCGCAUUGCCCUGGUGUCAGAAGCAGGCAGUGAGUCCAGAUUUCAGAGAUUGUCAUCGACUUCCUCCUCAGGGCAACAAGACUUUGAAAAUGAGCUGGGAUGCUGUCCCUGGCUGACUGCGAUCUUCCGUCUGCACGAUGACCAGAUCCUGGAGUGGUGUGGGGAGGACGCCAUCCACUACCUGUCCUUCCAGAGGCAUAUCAUCUUCCUCCUGGUGGUGGUCAGCUUUUUGUCCCUGUGCAUCAUCCUGCCCGUCAACCUCUCGGGGGACUUGCUGGGCAAAGACCCUUACAGUUUUGGGAGGACGACAAUAGCAAAUCUGCAGACUGACAAUGACCUCCUUUGGCUGCACACCAUCUUCGCCGUCGUUUACCUCCUCCUCACUGUGGGCUUCAUGCGACACCAUACUCAGUCCAUUAAGUACAAAGAGGAGAGCCUGGUGAGGCGGACCUUGUUCAUCACAGGACUCCCCAGAGAUGCCAGGAAGGAGACUGUGGAGAGCCACUUCCGGGACGCGUAUCCCACGUGUGAGGUGGUGGACGUCCAGCUGUGCUACAAUGUGGCUAAGCUAAUCUACCUGUGCAAGGAGAGAAAGAAGACAGAGAAGAGCCUGACCUAUUACAGGAACCUGCAGGUGAAGACAGGCCGGCAGACCCUCAUCAACCCCAAGCCCUGUGGCCAGUUCUGCUGCUGUGAAGUGCAGGGCUGUGAGUGGGAGGAUGCAAUCUCUUACUACACGCAGAUGAAGGACAGGCUGCUAGAGAGGAUCACAGAGGAAGAACUCCACGUCCAGGACCAGCCCCUGGGAAUGGCCUUCGUCACCUUCCAGGAGAAGUCUAUGGCCACCUACAUCCUGAAAGAUUUCAAUGCCUGCAAGUGUCAGAGCCUUCGGUGCAAAGGUGAGCCCCAGCCGUCCUCCCAUAGCAGAGAGCUCUGUACCUCCAAGUGGACAGUCACCUUCGCUGCGGAUCCUGAGGACAUCUGCUGGAAGAACCUCUCUAUCCAGGGCCUCCGCUGGUGGCUACAGUGGCUGGGCAUCAACUUCACUCUCUUCCUGGGGCUGUUUUUCCUGACCACACCCUCCAUCAUCCUGUCCACCAUGGACAAGUUCAAUGUCACCAAACCCAUCCAUGCGCUGAAUGACCCGAUCAUAAGCCAGUUCUUCCCCACCCUCCUGCUCUGGUCCUUCUCGGCCCUGCUCCCCUCCAUCGUCUACUACUCUACACUGCUGGAGUCCCACUGGACCAAGUCGGGGGAAAACCAGAUCAUGAUGACCAAAGUCUACAUAUUCUUGAUCUUCAUGGUGCUGAUACUGCCCUCCCUGGGUCUCACCAGUCUAGAUUUUUUCUUCCGGUGGCUCUUUGACAAAACUUCCUCGGAGACCUCCAUCAGGUUGGAGUGUGUCUUCCUGCCGGACCAGGGCGCCUUCUUCGUGAACUAUGUCAUCGCCUCAGCCUUCAUCGGCAACGGCAUGGAGCUGCUGCGGCUGCCGGGCCUCAUCCUCUACACCUUCCGCAUGAUCGUGGCCAAGACGGCUGCCGACCGCAGGAACGUCAAGCAGAACCAGGCCUUCCAGUACGAGUUUGGAGCCAUGUAUGCAUGGAUGCUGUGUGUCUUCACUGUCAUCAUGGCCUACAGCAUCACCUGUCCCAUCGUUGCGCCAUUUGGCCUCAUCUACAUCCUGCUCAAGCACAUGGUGGACCGGCAUAAUCUCUACUUCGUCUACCUCCCGGCCAAGCUGGAGAAGGAGAUCCACUUUGCUGCUGUGAACCAGGCCUUGGCGGCUCCCAUCCUGUGCCUCUUCUGGCUCUACUUCUUUUCCUUCCUGCGCCUGGGUCUGAAGGCCCCUGCCACUCUGUUCACCUUCCUGGUGGUGCUGCUCACCAUCCUGGUCUGCCUGGCUCACACCUGCUUUGGAUGCUUCAAGCACCUCAGCCCUCUGAACUACAAAACAGAAGAGCUCACAAGCGACAAAGGAAGUGAGGCAGAGGCCCACGUACCCCCACCGUUCACACCCUAUGUGCCUCGGAUUCUGAACGGCCUGGCCUCGGAGAGGACGGCGCUGUCCCCGCAGCAGCAGCAGACCUAUGGUGCCAUCCACAACAUCAGCGGAAGUCUCCUGGGGCAGAGCCCCGUGGACAAUGUGGCUGCUACCCCCCAGGAGGCCUGAGGCCGGGUCCCUCUGCUCUGAAAAGAUGCAACCAGAAUGGCCUGGGGCUCAGGCCCUUGGCUGAGUGGGAACGUGUUGGGACUCCCCUGCUGAGCCAUUGGGUGCCGAUCUUUUCUGGUCCCAGCCAUGGUGAGGGGAGUGCUUGCAGCCUCUCCCCUCCCUUGCUCCCCCCAGUUACCCGCGCCCCCCACCGGCAAAAGCUUCCAGCUCUGCGGCUGGGGGGACAUCCCCAGUGGUUUAUCGCCAAAACCAUGUGGUGGACUUUUGCUCCCCAGACUGAUGAGUCCAGGAGAAUAUAUGGAGAGAGAUGUAACCAGGGGAAGGCCUCCUCCCUUCUGAGCACACACUGCCCACUCCCCUGUAGGCACACACAUAACUGAUAACCAAAGAGAUGCUGCAGUCCAGUCUGAGGUCUGGCUGGACGUCCAGCUCCCCACUCCAUGGCCAGCCCCUCCUGGCUGCACCCGGUCCCUAUGAGUGAGCCAUGGGGAGCGGGCUGAGAGGCAGCCAGUGUUCCUGCAGCUGUGCACACACCUCCGCAUCCUGUAGGGUUCUGUGUUUUUGUAUCAUGUUGUCAGGGACACUCUGGCCGGGUCAGGGUCACCCCACAGGCAGGGACAAGGACCAAAGUGCCCAUUAGACCACGGUUAAGAUCCAGCCUCUCCUACCUCUUGGGGGCUGACUGCAUGAGUCCACAUGUCCAGCAGGCUCUGUGCAGCACUCCCCACUCCCUCCAAGGUGGGGGGCAGUGCUCAGGGCCUCCUUAGAGUCAAAGGACAGUAUGGUCGGCACACAGGAGGGGGUGCCUGGGCUGGGUGCAAGGCCAUCCCACUGCCCUUGAGCUGAGGCUCUGGCAGGAAGGAGGGGCUGUCCCUCAUAUCUACAGGGGAUGAUCACUGGGGAUAGGAUGUAACUGAUCUUCUGCCUGAGAAGCUUCCUCCCUGCUGCCUCCAGGGGGCACCAAGGCGCAAGCCUGUGGGGUGGGGACAGGAGGGGGUUUGGAAGAGCAGGUUCAGCCUCCCUGCAGCCCAACCGGACCAGGGCCUUGGUGCCUCUGCAGGCCCUGCCUGAACCUGUCUGCUGGUCUUGUGGGCCUGGGCCUUCUCACUCGGGGACCUCUGGGCGCUGAUUUGCCCCCAUGGUGUGGCCAGUGCUGCCCCUGCUCCAUGCCACCCUGGCGCUGGAAGGGGUGGGUGGGCAUUUGCCAUGGGUCGGGUGCAGCAUAGCCCUGGCCAGCGGCCUCAUCCCCAGCUGGCUUCCCGUGCCUUGGCCAGCAAGGAGGGGCCUGCCAGCUCUGCUUGGACAAGGGGUCCCUUGUGGCAUCGGGGUACGCUCAUGUCACUGGGUUCCAGCUGCUGUUAGAAAUAAAAGCCAUUUAUCAAGGAA